AUGGGCUGCUGUUGUGCAAUCGUCCUCUCCAACGUCGGUGCCGCGUACGGCAUGGCGAAAAGUAGCAUCGGAAUCUCCGCAGUUAGUGUCAUGCAACCACAGAACAUGAUUCGCAGUACACUCUCCAUUCUUCUUCCCUCUUCCCUCUCCCUCUCCCUCUCUCUAUCAUCCCUACACCCCACUCACCCACCCCGCUCACCCACCACAGAUCUCCUCCCCAUAAUCCUCUCCUCCGUCCUCUCCAUCUUCGGCCUGAUAACCAGCAUCCUCAUCGCCUCGGCGCUCGUCGCUCCCUCCGCUCUGCACACAAAUUUUCUGCAUCUCGCAGCGGGUCUCUCGGUCGGACUCAGCUGUCUCGCUUCUGGCUUUAGCAUUGGCGUGAUUGGUGAUGCGGGGGUGAGGGGCGCGGCAAUGCAACCCAAGAUGUUUGUGGGGAUGGCCUUGGUGUUGAUUUUCGCGGAGGUGUUGGGUGAGUUCUUCUUUACGAUUUUCGUUUCCGUUUUCGUUCUUUUUGGCUUUUGGGGGUUUCUGGUUGAGAGGCCUUAG